GGCUAGGGUGGACAUGUGACCCAGAGUCUUUCAUCCAUCUCAGCCAGUGUGAUUGGUCAAGAUGGAGAUGUGACUCAAGCUCAGCCAAUCAGAGUAUUCCCUGGCACUUUGGCUGGAAACCUGAAGAACGAGAGGUUCCCUGUACCAGAGGUGCUCGGGCUGGACAGCUGGGGAGCUGCUGGAGGGGAAGCCACCAGAGAGGUCUCAAAUACCCAUGAUCUAUCUGGAGAUCUCCUUCCCAGAACUCCUUCCCAAAUGACCUCUUCAAUGGCAACAUGGAGCAUUUAUUUACUGACUGACUGAAUGCAAUUUUUCCAUGGAGCGGGUAGCUGGGGCCUCGCUGGCAGCAUGGAUCUCGUCCUCUUCAAGGACUGGAUGGGGCAACGGGUGGCCAGGCUGGUCCCCCUCCUUCUCCUUCUGCUCCCCAGGCAGGGCGCUGAAGCCUGCGGUACCAGUGGGUGCUGUUUUCAGGACCCACCAUAUCCAGAUGCAGACUCAGGCUCAGCUUCGGGGCCCCGGGACCUGAACUGCUACCGGAUAUUCAGUAGCGCUGGUUAUGAAUGUUCCUGGGAGUAUGAGGGCCCCGCAGCCGGGGUCAGCCACUUCCUGAGAUGCUGCCUCAAGCCUGGGCGCUGUUGCUACUUUGCCACAGGCUCGGCCACCAAGCUGCAGUUCUCCGACCAGGAUGGCAUAGCCGUGCUCCACACUGUCACUCUCUGGGUAGAAUCCCGGGUGGCCAACCGGACGGAGAAAUCCCCCAACGUCACCCUGAACCUCUACAGCUCAGUUAAAUACGACCCUCCCCCAGGAAACAUCAAGGUGUCCAGGUUAGCGGGGCACCUGCACAUGGAGUGGGAGACCCCAGUCCGCCAGGAUGGUGCUGAGGUACAGUUCCGGUACCGGACGCCUGGCAGCCUGUGGAAGCUGGGUGACUGUGGACGUCAAGAUGAUGCUGGCUUCGAGUCAUGCCUCUGCCCCUUGGAGGUGGACGCGGCCCAAGAAUUCCAGCUGCGGCGGCGGCUGGGGCCAGGGGUCCCCGGAGGUCCCUGGAGCAGUUGGAGCAGCCCCGUGUGCAUCCCCCCUGAACCCCCCCCACUAGCUGAGGUGAAGUUGUCAGUGGAGCAGCUCCGCCCGGAUGGGAGGAGGCAAGUGACCUUGCAUGAGCAGCUGGGGCCCAUGGAUGAGUCUAUGCUCACGGGCUGCAUCCUGAUGCCAGCCCACAGGGAUGACGUAUCUGUUCAGGUCCUCACAAACCAUCUCUCACACUCACGACAGCUGCCCCAGCUGGAGCUUCCGGAAGGCUGCCUCGGGCCCGACUCGGGCACGGAGGUGUCCUACCAUGUCCACCUGCAUAUGCUGUCCUGCCCGUGUAAGGCCAAGGCCACGAGGACUCUACGCCUGAGUAAAAAGCUCAUCCUCUCAGGUGCUGCCUAUGACCUGGCUGUCUUUUCCCGGAAUCGCUUUGGCCGCAGCCCCAACCAGACGCGGCACAUUCCUGCCUACACCCACUCAGAACCAGCGGUUCUGAAUAUCAGUACCGGAGCCAACUGGACCACCAUGAGUUGGCCAGCCCGGGCCCAGGGCAUGACGUACUGCAUUGAGUGGCAGCCCCAGGGCCAGAAUAAAAGCCUUCCCACCUGCACCAUGACAACACCCCAGGACCGAGACCCUGCUGGAAUGGCAAGCCAUAGCUGGAACCAAACAUCUGGAGCAAUUUGGCAGAAGGAGUGUUACCACAUCACCAUCUUCGCCUCUGCACAGCCGGAGAAGCCCCAUUUGUGGUCCACGGUCUUGUCCACCUACCACUUUGGAGGCAAUGCCUCAGAGGCCGGGAGCCCACAGCAUGUGUCUGUGAAGAACCUCAGCCAGGAUUCGGUGUCUGUGGACUGGACACCAUCUCUGUUGAGCACCUGCCCCGGCAUCCUGAAGGAGUACGUUGUGAGCUGCCAAGAUGAGGACAGCAACCAAGUAUCUGAGCUGGUCGUGAAGCCCACAGAGACCCAGGUCACCUUGCAAGGGCUGCAGGCUGGCGCAGCCUACAAGGUACAGGUUCGAGCAGACACAGCCAAGUGGCGAGGCACCUGGAGCCAGCCCCUGCACUUCACCAUUGAGGUCCAGGUUUCUGAGUUGUCCGAUUUGUUCAUCUUCCUCGCAUCUUUGGGGAGCUUCCUGAGCAUUCUUCUCCUGGGAAUCUUUGGGUACCUCGGCUUGAACAGGGCUAUAAGGCACCUGUGCCCACCCCUGCCCACACCUUGUGCCAGCAGCGCCAUCGAGUUCUCUGGUAGCCAGGGGAAGCAGGUUUGGCAGUGGACCAGUUCAGCAGACUUCCUGGAGGAGGUGUCCCAGCAAGAAACCCUAGUGGUGGACAGAGCCUGGGACAAAGGCGAGGGAGCUGAUGUGGACACACCUGGGCCUCUCAAGGAGAAGAUGGAGCUGCCUUUGGGUGCCCCUGAGCCAGCCCUGGACACAGAGCUGCCCUUGAAGGACAGGAAACAGGUUCAAGGAUGCCCCGAGGCUGGGGCUCUAGGACCUGGCUGGCAGGACAGUCUGGAGGACAGCCCUGCCCAGGCGGCUAGACUCCCACUGCUCCUGGGAGACCUAAGGCAGACCCCCAAGUUUGGUUCCCAGGGAGAAACAGAAACAUCUGCCUCCUCUUACAGAUAAGAAGACUGAAGAUCGCCAUCACGACAGCUGGUUAUUGAGUGCUUAUUGCAUACCCAGACUGUUCUUUCCAGACACUCAUGUGACGCCCUAAAUCCCCAUAACCGCCUUGAGGUACAUGGCUGUCCAAUUAACCUAUUUCAGUGAGCCUCAGUGAGGUUCAGAGAGGGCGAGUGGAUGGCCUGUGGCCACACAGCACAGGCUGGAGUCUAACCCACACCAAGUGACUCAGAUGCCAUCCCCACUCCCCAGGCUCUGGCACCACUGCCCCGACCGACAUCUACUCUGUCCAGCACAGGUUGCCAAUAUGUCCUGUGGUGGGAACCCUAGAAACCAGCAUGAAACGGAAGCUGCUACACACACAGGGCCAGGGCCUGGCAUCCAAGGGGCAGGGCACUGUCAUUGGCCUGUUGGUGGGGGGACAUGUGGGAUGGACUGGAGGGGGGCCCACCGGGGCUCAGGCUGAUCCCAGGGUCCUGGGCUGAGUGUCCUGUCCCAGAAGCACUGGGUGGGGAAUCUGGGCGCAGAGUUCCCUGCUGCAUUGUAGGGUCUCCAGGCUUGGAGGCUCUAGGUGUGAGGAAAAGAAUGGGGGCUCUAAGCAUUCAGACUCCUCCCCUGUAAAACGGGGGUGAAAAAAUAAAAUAAAAUGAAAAAUAAAAUGGAAACACAGCUGCUGUUGUCACUACGGCCCAUUACAAAGCCUCUGAUCAGUUCUGGAGGUGCUUGGAGAAAUCGAGGGUGCUGGACACGCUGCCCAAGGUAUCGGUAGUCUUAUAUGAAGAACCAGAGAAACCUAAUAGUGCUUUGGAUUCUUUAAAGCAUCACUUAGAAACUGCUUCGCCUAGAACUGGCAGAAAUGAAAGAGACAUAUGAAGCUAUUGUAAAAGAAAAUAAAAACUGAAAACAAAGGAGAAAGUUCAGUAAACUUAUGGUGGAGAGGAAGAAACUACCUUACUAUAAGCCGCAACAUCUUUGGGAAGAUACAGAUGAUUACAUAUCAAGUAUUCAUGCAGUGCAAUCAUGAAUGGGAGUUAAAUUUUAGUUUCCCAGUAAUUUUAAAGGUUUAUAUACCAAGAGCUUUCAUUAGGUUUGAUUGUAUUAAAUAUUAAAAAUCACUGCGUGGUGUAAAAAAGAGAGGAUUUUAAUAUAAACUUACUCAUUUAGUAAUUAAAUUGAAUAUGAGUUAACUUGCUGCUAUUAAGGUUUUUUUACCCAAUUUAGAAUAAAAUUCACCUAAACUCCAAAAAGAACAAUAAACAAAUAACUCCAAAAACAAAUAAAUAAGCCAAUAAGUUAACGAAUAAAAUGGAGGUGGUGAUAAUGUUGACCUCGCAGAGCUGCUUCGGGGCGGGGUGUCAGAGGCUUAAUAAAUCAGUAUCUUUUUCCUAACUAAAGCCUGAAUGUCCUGCUCAGAAUCCCCCAAUAGGAGCCUGAGAAUUUUAUUCAUUCCACGCAUUUAUUAAUCUCUCCCUCUGGGUGCCCCCAGGAUAACCCAGUCUGGGGGGGACACAGCUGAAUGAUCACUUGGAACUCUGCAAAGUUAGGACUGGGAGGCGGGGAUGGAUGUGCCGGACACCGCCCAAGGGGUACUGGGGCUGAGUCCCCUAAUAACAGGAGUUUUGGUUGUCCCCCAGCCCCGCCCCUCUGCUCAGGACUCAGGCCGGGGCCUGGGGUUCUUCCCUGGUCCUAACACCCAAUUGGGCAGCAGGACCAGGGGCCCCCAGGCGCACCCUGAAUCCGCCCGCUUCCUGUACUCUCCCCACGCGACCUCCCCUCAUUGUGAAACGAGUUGGCUCAGAUUCCCCGCAUGGCCACCAGGUGGCAGCAGCAGCGCGUGCCUCCCAGGCCUGCUCCGCCCAGC